UGCGCAUAUUCUAAAUUCUAUCCAUUACAAAUGCUAAAGUCAUUAUUUAAAUGCUGAUUAUACAUCAGAGCUAUCUUGAAUCAAAACAUAAACUGUUAAAUCAUAAAACAAAUUUAUGUGAAUAAAAUAAUAAAUAUGAACUCGAAGAAGAUUAUACCUAUAUUAACGAAAGAUUCAGAAGGGAAAGAUGAAUGCAGAACACUAAUUAAAGUGAUUGAACGACCAACAUUUAUUUUGAAAACAAGAGAAGGUGAAAACAGAGCUAUUUCUCCUAGUCAGCGAAAUGGAAAUAAAAAAGAAUCUGAGAGUCAUUCAAGUCUUUUAACAAAAGUAAUUGAUACAAGAGCUGUUUUGUUACCUUGCCUUGAAUUAAGUAACUGCAUCAAAUUUAUGGAUGAAAACAUGCAGCUCUCUGAAAAUACAUUAGAUUAUUUGUAUGACCAACAAGACUUUUUAGUAAUUGGUAGUGUAGGUGCACAAGGUGUUGGAAAAUCAACUAUAAUGUCCCUUCUUACUUCUGAUUAUAUCCCUAAUAUUUUUCCUGUUCAAGGAUUGUCUCAUUUUCAAAAUGGUGUUAAUUGCACAACUGGAAUAGAUUUCUAUGUUACAAAAAAUAGAGUUAUUUAUUUAGAUACUCAACCAAUUUUAUCUGGAUCAAUAGUUGAUUACUCAAUAUCUUUUGAUCAGAAAAAAAAUACCAGUGAUUUUGCUAGUAAUGAAUCAAAUUUAGAAUUACAAUCUUUACAAUUUUUGGCAUUUCUUUUUUCUGUUUGCCAUAUAAUUAUUUUUAUUCAAGAUUGGUUUGUGGAUCCGAAUUUAAUAAGAUUUCUGCAAGCAGCAGAAAUGUUAAAACCUUCAUCAACAACUACUAUGGACCAAGAUUAUGUAGAAUAUUAUCCACACAUUUUAUUUUUACACAAUAAAGCUGAAAUACAAGAUUUUAUGCCAAGCAAUAUAAGAAUGAUUAAAUGGAUCUUUUUAUUUAAGGAUUUUUAUAAUAAAACUUUUGCAUCGUCUCGAUUACAAACUCAUAGUGGGCUUGAUAUGAGUUUAUAUCCUGCAGAAAAUCAAUUAAACUUAUUCCUUAUACCUUUAAUUUCAACAGAUGGUGAAUCAAUGUUUUAUGAAAAUGAAAACGAACUUAUAGCAAAGUUAAGAAAAAAAAUACAUGGCAUCAGUAGAAAUGCAAUGACACCAUCUAAUUUGACUGAAAAAAAUUGGUAUCAUUAUGUUUCAAAGGUUGUAGAAGCUAUAAAAAAAAGUCAUUUGUCUUCAGAAUAUGGCAGAUUAAUGCCUUAAAAUUACUGGAUAUAAUUCUUUAUAAUAAACUCUUAUUAUGAAAA